CCCUCCUUUUCUCCGGCAGUGCCUUGGACUGAUGUGAUUGGAAGGAAACCCCGUGGACUGCAUUCAGUCGGGCGGCUGAGAGAAUCAGCUGUGGCUUGGUACACUGACAUCUGCCAAUACUCAGUGAACAGUCAUGUCUGAGGCACCUCAGAAGGAACUGGUGCAAAAGGCCAAGCUGGCCGAGCAGGCUGAGCGUUAUGAUGACAUGGCUGCUCUGAUGAAGUCUGUGACAGAGGAAGGCCAGGAGCUGUCGAACGAGGAGCGCAACCUGUUGUCAGUGGCAUACAAGAAUGUGGUGGGUGCCCGUCGGUCCUCGUGGCGCGUGGUCUCCAGCAUUGAGCAGAAGACCGAGGGCUCUGAAAAGAAGGUAGCCUUAGCCAAGGAAUACCGGGAGAAGAUUGAGACAGAGCUGAAAGAAAUCUGCCAUGAUGUGCUGGGUCUCUUGGACAAGUAUCUUAUUCCAAACGCUACAGCAGCAGAGAGUAAAGUCUUUUACUUGAAAAUGAAAGGCGAUUACUAUCGCUACUUAGCGGAGGUGGCUACAGGAGACAACAAGAAAGGCAUCAUUUCAAAUUCACAGGAAGCCUACCAAGCCGCCUUUGAUAUCAGCAAAAGUGAAAUGCAGCCCACACACCCAAUCCGUCUUGGUCUUGCCCUUAACUUCUCAGUUUUCUACUAUGAGAUCCUCAACAUACCUGAAGAAGCCUGCAAGCUCGCCAAGCAGGCCUUUGACGAUGCCAUUGCAGAGCUUGACACCCUGAGUGAAGACUCAUACAAAGACAGCACACUAAUCAUGCAGCUAUUGAGAGAUAAUUUGACGCUGUGGACCUCGGACAACCAGGUUGAAGGCGAGGAUUCAGAGCCAAGAGAUUGAGCCAGACCCCCGUAGUCAUCCCUGUUGUCCUGCCAUCGUCCUGGCUCAUCUUCAUCAUGAUCAUCAACACUGAGACCACCUCAUUUUGAUCAUUGUCAUCCAGCUCUUUCCAUCUUUUUUCUAUCUAAGGUCUCUCAGUACUCAUCUCAUUCCCAUUGGUUUACUAUUCCUUCUUUUUGUAGUAACUGUGGGGAAAGGGGAUGGGCAGGGGAGGGGAAUUCAAGUGGUGUGGUGGGAGGGUAAAAGUGUUUGGGUUUAGAUGUUUUUGGGUGUUCCAUUAUUAAGGUGCUGGGUGAAAGGGCAGGUUCUUAAACUCAUGAAACAUGCAGCAGGUUAAGUUUGUAGAAGUAAGAAAAUAUUUAAGCUGUAUGUGCUGUACUACUCAUUAACGGUGCUGUUUUUGACCAUCCUUUGAUGACGCAUUUGUGCUUGACAAAAACAGGAGCUGCCUCCUUAUAUUUGAGGUGACAACAACUGAGUUUGUACGUGGCAAGGGGAAUAACAGCAGAGGUAAAGACAGUGAAGAUGUGAUUGGGAGAAGGAAGCCAAGAUUUAGUUGGAAGACAAGGUUACAUUCCACAUACUGUUGCUCAACUUUCUACUCUUACUAUCUUUUUUGUUUGUUUUUGGUGAACUGCUCUUGUAUUUUUAUGCAUCGGUUAUGAGGUAUAGAAAACUUUGAAGAACAAAAGAGCACGAGCACACAAGCUUGUAUUGUUGCUGUUUUGUAUUGGCACAGCAGUUAAAAAAAAGGAAAAAAAGAAAAAAAAAGAUCCAUCUGCGUAUCUAAUUAAUGCUUUUUCAAAUUAAGACAUUUUGUUUUGUUUUUUCCCUUUUUCUCAGUACUUGCCUGAACUGCAUGGUGGUAAGAAGUAGUUUUUGGAGGAGUAAAGAAGGUUGUUGUUGGGCUGGUUAGCUUUGUCUGUCUUUGGAAUUUUCUUACAGGACACCCAAGCAUAACUGUAAUUUUUGGGGGAAAUGUGUAAUUUCAUGUAAGUGGAAUAAAAAAAAUAAUUUAA